AGACCCCCCCCCACCCCCCCGCACCCACACCCACACCCACACCGGAGCAGCUUUUCCCCCUGAAUUGAAUCCUCCAAUGAUCGUCACAUCGGAGCGGUGGAUUGUGCCUCGCGUGUCCGGACGCACCGCGCUGGGCUCCGGCUGACUCGGUGGCGGUUGGCCGCUCUUCCUCGUCGCUCGGGCGGACUGGAGGCGGCGGCAGCUCGGUGGUGGAGGAGGAGGUCAUGAUGUCCUGAGUUCCUCCCAGUGGGCCCGGAGAGAGCGCUGCGCUGAUGGGAGCGGCUGUGCCACCAUGAGCUUACAAGAUGGCAGCUGCAGCUACGCCAGCAGCGCCAACAUGGCCGUCGCCAGCGGCAGCAUGCGGCGGCGCCUGGAGGACCAGGAGUUCACCUUGCGCGUGUACCCGGGCUCCCUGGCGGAGGGGACCAUCUACUGCCCCAUCAGUGCCCGCAAGAACACCACCGCGGCCGAGGCCAUCGAAUGCCUCAUCGAGCGGCUGCGCCUGGACCGCACCAAGUGCUACGUGCUGGCCGAGGUCAAGGAGUUCGGCGGCGAGGAGUGGAUCCUCAACCCAGGUGACUGCCCCGUGCAGCGCAUGAUGCUGUGGCCGAGGAGCGCUCUGGAGAACCGCGGCGGCCUGGGCAGUGGCGACGACUACCGCUUCCUCCUGCGGGAAAAGAACUUGGACGGAUCCAUCCACUACGGCGGCAGCCUCCAGAUGUGGCUGCGGGUGACCGAGGAGCGCCGCUGCAUGGUGGAGCGGGGUUUCCUCCCCCAACCGGCGGAGAGCGACCCCCCGACGGAUCUCUGCGCUCUGCCGGAACUUACAGAGUGCGCCCUUUUGGAAAGCCUGCGGGCGCGUUUCCGCCAGGAGAAGAUCUACACGUACAUCGGGAGUAUUCUCAUUGUGGUCAACCCCUUUCAGUUCCUGCCCAUAUACAACCCCAAGUACGUCAAAAUGUACGACAACCAUGCGCUGGGAAAGCUGGAGCCGCACAUCUAUGCCGUAGCCGACGUGGCCUACCACGCCAUGCUGCAGCGGCGCAGGAACCAGUGCAUUGUCAUCUCGGGCGAGAGCGGCUCGGGGAAGACGCAGAGCACCAACUUCCUCAUUCACCACCUGACCGCUCUCAGCCAGAAAGGCUUCGCCAGCGGAGUGGAGCAGAUCAUCCUGGGGGCGGGGCCGGUGCUGGAGGCCUUCGGGAACGCUAAGACGGCCCACAACAACAACUCCAGCCGCUUCGGAAAGUUCAUCCAGGUCAACUACCAAGCAAGUGGCACUGUUAGGGGGGCAUAUGUGGAGAAGUACCUGCUGGAGAAAUCCCGUCUGGUCUACCAGGAGCACAAUGAGAGGAACUACCACGUCUUUUACUACCUGCUGGCUGGAGCCAGCGAGGAGGACAGGAAGUCCUUCCACCUGCUCAAACCUGAGGAAUACCACUACCUCAACCAGAUGACAAAGAAAUCGCACAAACUCCACUGGGACAAUUACUAUGAGAGCGAGCUGCAGGACUGCUUCAGCGUGGAGGGUGAGGACCUGAAACAUGACUUUGAGCGUCUGCAGCUGGCAAUGGAGAUGGUCGGCUUCCUUCCCGCCACACGCAAACAGAUUUUCUCGCUGCUGUCGGCCAUACUCCACCUGGGCAAUAUCCGCUACAAGAAGAAGACCUACAGGGACGACUCCAUCGACAUCUGCAAUCCAGAAGUCCUUCCCAUCGUCUCGGAGCUGCUGGAGGUGAAAGAGGAAAUGCUGCUGGAGGCGCUGACCACCAGGAAGACGGUGACCGUUGGGGAGAGACUCAUCGUGCCCUAUAAACUCUCAGAGGCGGGCACGGUGAGGGACUCCAUGGCCAAGUCGUUGUACAGCGCUCUCUUUGACUGGAUCGUGUUCCGGGCCAAUCACGCUCUGCUCAACAACAAGGACCUGGAGGACAAUUCAAAGAUCUUUUCCAUCGGCGUGUUGGACAUCUUUGGAUUUGAGGACUAUGAAAACAACAGCUUCGAGCAGUUCUGCAUCAAUUUUGCCAACGAGCGGCUGCAGCACUACUUCAACCAACACAUCUUCAAACUAGAGCAGGAGGAGUACCGAGCCGAGGGCAUUAGCUGGCACACCAUCGACUACAUAGACAACAGCAGCUGCAUCAACCUCAUCAGCAAAAAACCCACAGCGCUCUUCCACCUGCUGGACGAAGAGUGCAAUUUCCCUCAGGCAUCCAAUCAGACCUUGCUGGACAAGUUCAAGCGACAGCAUGAGGGAAACAGCUACAUCGAGUUUCCCGCCGUCAUGGAGCCCGCGUUCAUCAUCAGACACUAUGCAGGGAAAGUCAAGUACAGAGUUAAGGACUUCCGGGAGAAGAACACCGAUCACAUGCGUCCCGACGUGGUGGCUUUGCUGAAGAGCAGCAAGAACGCCUUCAUCUGCGGCCUGAUGGGUAUCGACCCCGUGGCCACUUUCCGCUGGGCGGUGUUGCGCGCCUACUUCAGGGCCCUGGUGGCUUUCAGGGAGGCCGGUCGCCGGCACACGCACAGGAAGACAGGUCAUGAUGCUGCCAUCCCUUGUGCCGCUGUCAAAACUGUCGACAGCUUUAGUUUCCUUCAUCAUCCUGUUCACCAGAGGAGCCUUGAGAUCCUUCAAAGGUGCAAAGACGAGAAAUACAGCAUCACAAGGAAGAAUCCUCGCUCUCCGCUGUCAGAUCUUCAAGGUGCCAACACCCUUAAUGAGAAAGCCAGCUGGGAUGGCUUCGGCGUCGGCUGCAACGGUCGCGGCCCGAGGUCGGGACGCCUGUCUUCAGCGGGGAGCCCGACGGCCCUGGGGGAGGACGGCAUCUUCGUCAACUCGUCCAACAGCAAACUCUUGGAACGAGCUCAGGGAAUCCUACUGAGAAACAAAAACUGCAAAAUCAAGCCCAGUCUACCCAAGCACUUGUUAGAUGUGAAGUCUCUGCGCCACCUGAGCAGCGUGACGCUACACGACCGCAUCACCAAGUCGCUGCUUCACCUGCACAAGAAGAAGAAACCACCCAGCAUCAGCGCACAGUUCCAGGCUUCCCUCAAUAAACUGAUGGAGACUCUCAACCAGUCAGAGCCAUACUUUGUCAAGUGCAUCCGCUCCAAUGCUGAAAAGCUACCGUUACGAUUUAAUGACAGCUUGGUGCUCAGACAGCUGCGGUACACCGGGAUGCUGGAAACGGUCCGUAUCCGGCAAUCGGGGUACAGCAUCAAGUACACCUUCCAGGAUUUUGUUCAUCACUUUCAUGUGCUGCUGCCUCGAGGCACAAGUGCGACCAAGUCAGGCAUCAGGGAGUUCUUCAGGAAGAUCCACCUGAUGCCCGCCGGCUACCAAGUGGGCAACACAAUGGUGUUCCUGCGGGAGGUGGAGCGUCAGCGUCUUCAGACCCUCCUCCACCAGGAAGUUGUGCGGCGCAUCGUCACGCUGCAGCGCCGCUUCCGGGCGGUCCUGGAGAGGAAGAAAUUUGUCAGGAUGAGGCUGGCUGCGUGUGUCAUUCAGCGAUGGUGGCGAUGCUGCCUUCUUAGAGAAUCCGCCAUGGACCUGAAGCUGGAGGAGCAAGCCGUCGUGUGCCUCCAGGCGGCCUGGAGGCGCUGCAGGCAGCGCCGGAGGUUCCUGCGGUGGCGGCACUCGGCCGUGGCGAUCCAGAGAAGCUGGAGGCUCUGCUGCCGUCGAAGGACCCUGGCAGCCGUCACGCUGCAGGCGGCCUGGAGGAGAUUCGCAGAGAGGAGUCGCUACUGUGAGAUGUACAGGACUGUGACCCAGCUGCAAGCGAUGGGAAGGGGUUACCUGGCCCGGCGCAGGUUCCGAGAACGCAAGCAGCUGCAUGAACUGCAAACACCCAUGCCAUCCAUUCAAGGACCCAUUGAUGACCUCGUCUCAUCAGAACCCAAUAGAGUACAGAACCUGUCAGGAGAACCAACGGAAGACUUUCCACUCACGGAGAAAGACUCAGAUCGAAGUCGCAGUGUGGACGAGGCAAGCCACAAGACCCGAUCCAAGAGAGAGAGCAGGCGGAUGAGAGAACUGGAGCAUGCUCAGUUCAGCUUGGAGCUUCUCAAGGUUCGCACCAGUAGCGUCGGCGUGCCACCUCAAGGAGAGGUGGGUCCAGAGGACAGCGCCUGUCCAUCAGAGGACUACCGCAGACCUUCACCUCUGGGGUCUCUCGACAGCUUUGAAAUGCUCACGGUUGAGGACAUGGAUGCCGAAGGUUCAAGAGGUUUUGGAUCCCAAUCGACUGCGCCUCGGGUAUGCACGAAUACAGACAGUCACGCUCAAGAGCCAGUGAGAGAUUCAAACCACAACGAAAAGCCCAAGAUGGAGUCACCUCUCAGGACUGAGGGUCCAAGGGCAACAUUUUACAUCGCUUCUGACCAAAGUCCAGUUGGAGAACCAAAAUGUGAAAGCCCCAGCAAAUCUUACAAGGACAGACGGGAGUCCACCUCUCGAAGGCCUGUUGUGGUUUUGAUCAGCAUGCAAAAGGAGAGCCCUCUGGAAGAGCUGUCGCUGGUACCCCAAACUCCAGAAAUAAUUUCUCAACAUAGAGAAGCACUGUCCAGAUCCCAACAGACGCACAUAUCAGGUUUAGAGGUAUUAUCUACAAUUGAACCACUACAUGAAGGGACUACAAAGUCAAACUUUGUGGAAGAGAUUCCCUCUUUAGUUCCCUCUUCAACCACUCUUGCAGAAAAUCAAGAAGUACCUGGCCUUUGCUCCUUAGAAGUGGACAUUAAGAUCACCCUGGAGCCCAAACCCAGUGUUCCUCCCGUUCAACUGGGUCAGCAGGAAAAGAACACGGUCCCACCCGGGCAGGGAGCUCCCAGCCCGGUCGUUGACACCAAGCCACCCAAAGCCCAGAGGAAGACCUCGGCCCAGACUGUGACCGUCAACAUGACGGAGAAGCCCUCGAGCACCGUGUUCUCGCCACCCAGGCGCAAGCUGCCUUUCUCUAAGUCGGAUAAGGAUUUGGUCAACCAGGAAAGGUCUUUGUCCAUGUUCAGAGAUGAUUCCAGAAGGAGAGAGCAGGUGGGCCGCCCGGGCCCCAAAAAGAAACCGCGCAUGUCCCGGACACGCUCUGACUUCCUCACCCGUUGUAACUCGGAGGGAGCGACGCAGUCAGACGACGACGACGAAUACUACGUCCCCGCCCACUCCCACACGCUGCCCCCCUCCCUGUGCCCCCCGCGCGCCCGCCCCAAGGCCGACUGUCACAGUGACUCCGAGAUGGAGUCCCACAAAGAUCCUAAGAAGAUCCAUAAGACCAUGUCAUCAGGAGACUUGGGCAAAGUAGAGGUGCUGAGGAAAACCUCCAGUCAGGAUGGAAGCCGGAUGAGAGGGAAGAUUCGAUUCUGGAGUAAAAGCAAACACAGCGGGAAGAAAGUGUCCAGGGAGAAACUGGCCGGCAGGAGCGACAGUGCUGCAGAGACGCUUGAGGGCUUGUCCCCUCCUCACAGUCCCGAUCUGGAGGCCACCUCCCCACGGGUGGUGCGGGACAGCAAGGAGAACAAGGAGCCGUCUCCCAAGAUGAAGCGGCGGCGCAGCGUCAAGAUCAGCAGCGUGGCCCUGGAACCCGCCCAGUGGCAGAACGACGCACUGCACAUCCUCAGCUCGGCCCACGACUAUCGCACCAUGAACGACUUCCUCUUGAAGAAGGUCCCAACUAAAAAAAAGAUUGCUGACCUGGAGAGUGAAAACGGCAAGAAGGACACAAUGGUGGAUGUGGUCUUCAAGAAAGCCCUGAAGGAGUUCCGCAUCAACAUCUUCAACUCGUACUCCACCGCCCUGGCUAUGGACGACGGGAAGAGUAUCCGUUACAAGGACCUGUACGCUCUGUUCGAGCACAUCCUGGAGAAGACCAUGCGGCUGGAGCAGCGCGACUGGAGCGAGUCGCCCGUCAAAGUGUGGGUCAACACCUUCAAGGUCUUCCUGGACGAGUUCAUGACCGAGUACAAGCCCACGGAGGGGACCAUCGGCAGGGCUGCCAAACGAGAACGCAAAAAGUCUCGCAAGAAGGAGACUGACAUUGUGGAGGAGCACAACGGCCACAUCUUCAAAUCCACGCAAUACAGCAUCCCCACGUACUGCGAGUACUGCUCCUCCCUCAUCUGGAUGAUGGACCGAGCCUGCGUCUGCAAACUAUGUCGCUACGCCUGCCACAGGAAGUGCUGCUCCAAGAUGGCCAGCAAGUGCAGUAAAAAGUAUGAUCCGGAGCUGUCGCCUCGUCAGUUCGGCGUGGAACUCUCGAGGCUGACCAGCGAGGAGCGCAACGUGCCCCAACUGGUGGAGAAGCUCAUCAACUACAUCGAGAUGCAUGGCCUCUACACCGAGGGCAUCUACAGGAAGUCGGGCUCCACCAAUAAAAUCAAGGAACUCCGUCAAGGGCUGGACACCGAAGUGAGCAGCGUGAACUUGGACGACUACAACAUCCACGUCAUCGCCAGCGUACUCAAGCAGUGGCUCCGCGACCUGCCCAGCCCUCUCAUGACAUUUGAACUCUACGAGGAGUUUCUUCGAGCAAUGGGUCAACCCGACAAGCGGGAAGUCAUCCUAGGCGUGUACGCUGUCAUCGACCAGUUGAGCCGCACGCACCUCAGCACGCUGGAACGCCUCAUCUUUCAUCUGGUCAGGAUCGCGCUGCAGGAGGUCACAAACAGGAUGUCAGCCAAUGCGCUGGCCAUUGUCUUCGCUCCCUGCGUCCUCCGCUGCCCCGACACCAUCGACCCGCUGCAGAGCGUCCAAGACAUUAGCAAGACCACAGCGUGCGUGGAGCUGAUCAUCAACGAACAGAUGAGCAAGUACAAAGCGCGCCUGAAGGACAUCAAUAGUCUGGAGUUCGCCGAGAGCAAAGCCAAGAGCCGGCUGUCCCACGUCAGGAGGUCCAUGAAACCUGUACUAAUCGCUGUUAGGUUUAUGAGCAUAGCCCGCACUGCCACCCCGAGCAAAAGCCGUGUUUGGCAAAGCGGUGCCCACUUGGAGUCGCCGUCGCACAGCCCCAGGGUGGCGCCCCCGGUGGUGGACGGCGAGAGCGCGGGAGCGGGAGGCGAGGAACCCGCUGAGGCCGCACUGAGCGAGCAGCAGCAGCUUGCCAUGCAGCAAGAGGAGCAGAUCCUCACCGAGCAGAUCGAGAGUCUGCAGAAAGAAAAGGAGGAGCUAACAUACGAGAUGUUGAUCUUGGAACCGCGUGCAUCCGAUGACGAGACUCCUGAAUCGGAAGCAUCCAUCGGCACGGCGGACAGCUCGGAGAACAUCACCAUGGAAGCAGAAAGUCCAGCCACGGAGACCCCCGAGUCCGGUCCUUGUGGCUCCAGAAAAUGGGAGUCGAAGUGCAGGCGACCUCUGCACCGCCAUCCUGACUCGGUGGACUCUGCCGACUCGGCCUCCACCGUCUCCUCCGUCUGCUCCCACCAACCGCCGUCCACCUCGCCGUCCCCUCACUACCGCUUCCGCUCGUCGUCGUCGGGGCCCCUGCUGGCCUCCUACAGCCUGGAGGCGGCGGCAGCGGGCGAUGCAUCGGAGUCCGAGCGGCGGCCCGGGAAGAGCCGCGGCCACAGGCUUCGACUGAGCCGCAGCUCACCGCGGGAACCCUCGGGCGGACACCGCAGGGAGCCCGAGUUCGACUCGGCGCCACAGCAGCUGGUUCUGUACGGUAGCAACGAGUUCAUGGUGUGAUGCCGGCGGGACGUGGCCGUGUUCCGAGUACGCGGGGCCUGCAUUUUCAGGUUUGGCUGAGGCUGGUUACGGGGGUCGCCCCAGCGCGCCCCUCCUCAGCAGAGCAGGGACGCCGUCGGGAACGUGAUGGCGGCGAGCACUGAGCCAGAGCGCAGAAGAAGAUUCAGGAGAAGGAAGUGUGACUGAACCUUGGUGGGCCAUCUUACUUCUUCAGGUUGUAGCCAUAACGACUGAACUGCUCAGCUAUGCUAUGCUAAGCUAAGCUAAGCCCGCUUGUCACGUUUACACACCAGCCGAAAUGCUGCAUGCUCGUCCAUCUGACUUCCUGUAAAGAGAGCGCGGGAGGACACUUCACAGCUGUAUGUGAGCAUGUGAUGAUUGUUAUUAUUAUAAUAGACCUUUAUCAUAAUGUUUGUUAACAAAAGUUGCCAGGGGACUUCUGGGUCGCAGAAAAGCCGAAAUAAUGACAAAAACUUGUUUGCGGUUGCGCCAAAAGAUACUAGGUUUUUAUUUCCUUUAAAAAAAAACAUCCAAAAGAAUGUUGGCGUAUAAUUGGAGCAGAUGUCGUAAAUACUUGGACAGAGAAGAUUGCAAGACUGUCCAGUAGUGGAGGAGCCACUACUGCAGGGACAGACUGAGAACCAAACCCCCAUCAUCAGAUUAGUGGACGACAUUUUAUGUUUGUUUGGGUUUCUUUGAGUAAUUUAGGAAAACGUAAAGGCUAGCCUGCCAGCUAACGGCAGCUCUAUAACGCACUCUUCAAUUCAGAAACAAAAAAGCACGUCUGUUCCUUUAAUCCCAGAAAUGUCUGUUAAUAAUCAUGUCAACUACGUCUGAAUUUACACCACGUCUCACGUUUAGCUGUUGAAAUGUGAAUUAUAGCCGGCGUUCCAUCCACUUUGGGAACAAUUAUACUGAAUUAGAGGUGUACAACAAUUUAUCGAUCAAUCGACAUCGAAUCGAUUCUCAAAUUAGUCAACUAUUUUGAUAAUAAUCGUUUAAGGGAUUCAUUUUAGCCUAUUUUCUAAUGGAUGGUACAGACGAAGCAGUAACUGAAUCAUAAUCAAUUUAUGUUUGUGCAUUUUCUGUUCUGUCAAUUUCAAACCAUGUCCAUUUAAAAAAAAGAGAUACAUUUUUUUUUAUCCAAUUAAUUCAAAAAAUAAUUGACAGAUUAAUCGAUUAUUAAAAUAAUCAUUAGUUGCAGCCCUAUUAAAUGUAACAUCGUAUACUGCAGUGGUCGAUAAGAAGGUCGAAGUCAGCAUUCUCGCCAUUGACCCUGUUUUCUGAAACGAUCAAAUUUAAAUGGAAGAUUUUGUUGACCAUGAGAAUGCUUGAACUUUUGCGACCCGGAAGUAUGUGUGACAUCACGGCAAAAAGGUCUAUUAUGUUCAAGGCGACACGUCGGAUGAGUGGUUAGCACGUCUGCCUCACAUUUCCGAGGUUCGGGGUUCAAUAGCUGCUCCACCUUUCCGGUGUGUCCUUCACGUGCUUGUGUGGGUUUUCUCCGGGUACGCCGGCUUCCUCCCACAUUCCAAAAACAUGCACACGAGGUUUAUUGGAGACUCUUUAAAUUGUCGGUAGGUGUGACUGGCGGGUGUCAGCUGGGAUCGGCUGGAAUGCAGACAAGCGGCGGUGAAGACGCAUGAUCAUGGCGAUGUCCCAUAGGAAUGACAUGUACAUAGAGAGGAGGUCAGGUGUGUCCGAUUCCAACCCAUUCAUUCCGGAGCCACUCGGACGGCGCACUCUUGUAAACGUCAGUGUUAUGACAUCACCACUUGAAUUUUUCUCCUUCGUUUGUAUUAUUGCUGUAACAAUGUGUGCUGUCAUUGCUAUAUUAUUGAGAUGAUAAGUUUCUCUUGGUCAACACUUACACUAACAGGCUACAUUUUGUUUUUUUUUUUCCCUCCCCCCCUUGAUUUGGUGGAUGAUGUGUCUGCUCACACACACCUACACACACACACACACACACACACACACACAUAUAUAUAUAUUAUACCGGUCGGUCCAUCGUAAGUAUUUGGAUGAUAAUAUCUUCAAUAAAGAUCUGAUUGAAGUGUAGACUUUCAGCUUUAAUUGAAACGCUUUCUCCAAAAAGUAGGAAGGAUCUACAUUUUUAUAUGUAGUACCUGUAUUGGGAAAAUUACAUCAUAGAAAAAAAGUAUGAGAAUUCUCCACAGGGAUGCUAAACAGCUACAGCGGUGCCUUGAGAUACAAGUGACUCAAGUUUUUCAAGAUACCUGCUGUCGUUCGGUUGAAUCGCUUCAAGCUGCUCAUCGCCACUCCCACUUGAAGUUUACUGUCAAACCAAACAUCAAACAAGGAAUUACACAUUGUAUAUUUAGCCAAACCACACAGCUUUUUCUGGCUUAGGUUUUUAUGCUGACAUACAAUGUAAAACACCAUAGACUAGCUAACAAAUACCAUCUAUGCGGUGGUGUUAUUACGCCAUAAGCAACGGAUAAUUAAACAAAAAAAGUGCAGCAACACGUAGACAGAUAAUAUAAUACUCACACGCAUAUUUUCUUUAUCCUCUGUGAAGAAAAUGACAAUAUUACUGCAACUUACUGAGGAGCUGAGACCGUCUCCUUGUACAGUAGUAAACCUCCAUAUAAUAUAAUAACGUAUUAAUAACCAUAAUGUCAUUUGUCCAAAUGCUUUCGAAGCCCUGGAUACUGAUUCAUUCGUCAUUCUGAAAUGACGUAUUUCCGUGAAAGCUCUUCAAUUAAAGCUGAUAUCAUGAUUGUUUUAUUUCAUGGGCAUAAAGGCAAUUGUCCAAAUACUUCUAAAACCUGCUCCUUUUCUUCGUUUUUGUUUUUUUUAAAACUCAACAACAGCGCUUCCAUCCACUCGUCUGCGGACCCUCGUAGCAUUUAUUACGCAGAAACCAAAACACGUAGCAUCCAAAUACUACUUUGUAUCGUGCAGUAAGGCUUCUAUAGGCCUCAUCAGUAGCUGUGUAUAACGACCACAACAACUAGAACUGCAAUAUUUGUCUUUCCGUACAACACAAUCAGUGUUACGCAGUUUUUCUCUCUCCUCAGUUUACACACAAAAAAAUUAGCUGAAUGGACAAAAGUGACUAUUGUUAUUAUAUUUUAUUUGUUCAUGUCAUAUUGCAUAAUGUGUGGGGGAAAAAGUGAAUGUAAGUGUCACUGGAAGGCAUGCUCUGCUUUCUCGGGUCCUUUUUGUUCCUCUUUUAUACACAGUGUAUGUACUGUAUGUAUGUAUGUUUUAUUUAUGUCCACGUAUACUGCGAUUAAUUUGGUUUCAAAGGAUUUGUUAUGAAGGAUAUAUUAUCCUGUGUACGAUCAAGUGCUACAAGGGCAGGAAAGAAAAAUGAAACAUUUGUACAAGGUGCAAUUUCUGUUACUUUUUUUUAAUUAUUAUUGUUAUUUUAAUGAUACAAACAUGUCUAUGGUUGUAAGAAAAAAAUAAAAUACUUUAUUGGGGAAGUUCA